AUGAGGCCCCCGUUAAGUAGUAAACCCCCGCCGGCUGGUGCGAGGGCGACUGGCGACACCGACGGCGGCAGCAAGGGUCCGGGCAGCGCCACUGUGAGCAGCGACGCACCGGCGAAAAACCGACGAGGGGGCCGGCGGGGGCAGCGACGUGCCGGGCUGCAGGACACCGCAGCCGGGCUUACGACGACGCCGCCAACAACAGCAACAGCCGAAGCAGCAACAAGAAGAAAAGAUGUUGUAACGCCAACACCAAGAGCAACAACGACAACAACACAAAGGCAUACAGAAACGGUAGUUGUGCCUGUACGCGGCGAGACGACAACUGGGACAGGAGAGAAGCGUCCAGUGAACUCCACUUCUGUGCGACGGCGGGAUAAAUCUAACAGCACUGUCACAAAGGUUGUGACUGGAGUAUCUUUGGAGGCCCUCCGGGCGAAGCGCAACGGCACUACAGCGGAGACCACCCCGGACGGUGACGCGAAGACUGUAGAAGAGGUCAGCCGUAUUCUUUUCAUGUAUGCGUCGCAGCAGCAGCAGCAGCAACACCAACAGCACCAUCAGCAGCAGCAGCAGCAGCAGCAACAUCAACAUCAACAUGGCGGCAAGAACAGCAAGCGCCCUGGCCCAAUUCAGAACACCCCCAACUGGCUCGCCGUUGCAAGAGAAGGAGGGGGUGAUCGUAUGGGCGCUGUGAAGGCUGAACUGCUUGUGGAUGAGCGGCAGCAGCACCUUGAAGGGAUGCUAAAAAGUACACGAGAUGUACAAGCUCACGUCAUAUCGCUGAUUCACUCAGGCAAGCUGCCCCCAGACAGCCUGAAGGUUCUGCAGGCUAUGCUGUGCCACACCUCGCAAGGGGGAAAAUUAGACAUGUUUGAACUCCCGACGAAGGGCAAGCACAGCGGGACCCAACAGGGUUUUACGUCUGCAAUGAGGGUUGAUUGCCAACCGCAACCACAACCGCAGCCGCCGUGCGAGAGGGACCUGUACUGCUACUCGGAGCAGAUCCAGAGACAGCAGCAACAACAGCAGCCCAUGAUGGGUUUCACAGAGGAGGAGUACUUUGGGUGCGGUGGCUAUACACAGCGCUCAGAGCAGACGUACUACCAAGGACUUGGUGGUUCCCCUCCUGACGUUAUACCCGUUCCAAAUGCUCCUGCCAACGAGAUCACCACAUCGGGCUGUGAAGGUACCAGUGGAGGAGGCAGCAGGAACAGCAGCAGGAGCCCAUUUCCGGUCUUGGGAGGAUACACCGUGCAACAGCACAUGUACACCUGCGGCGUCACGGCGGGGUAUGCGGGGGGCUACGAGGGCUACACCCACGCAGCUGAGGCGGUGCCGGGGGAAAGGGAUGCUGCCGUAUACACCCGUGACGACGACGAAGAUGCGGAGGUCACUGAAAUGCUGCAGGGCAUUCGAGAAGCUCUGCAAAAAGCAUCGUCACCGCGGCAGCUGCGCUGCGCCAGCGCCUCGACUGUGGCUGCAGGAGCUGUAGGUGGCGGUGGUGGCGGCGACUACAGUGAUAUUGCCCAAGAUGGUGCAUGCUUGUUGCCCUCAUCUCCCGCACCAUGUGUGACGAUCACGCAGGCGGAGCGUGAGACGCUGCGCUCCAUCCAGCAGGCCUUCCUCGCGCGGAUGCGGCUGACAGGGUCGCCGGAGUGGAAGUCUCCCGGCGCCACACCACCGAAGAGUCUUAUGUGCACCUUUGCCGAGGACGAGGAGUUCUGCGGAUCCUACGCUGCAAUGCAGCAGCAGCAGCAGAAAGAACAAGAACAGCUGCAGGAGGACGACAGCAGGUUCACAACCAACCGUACGCUCUUUUCUUACCGAACCGCCUUUUUGGAGGACGAUGCAGGGAUGACACUGGACGGAUGCGGCAUGCGCGAUGCUUCUGUAGCGACCACGGCUGCUGCACAACAACAACAGCAGCAGCCGCAGCAACAAAUGCAGUGGUUGGAUGAAAGCAGCGCCGUGCCUCCGUCAGCACGACUGUCGCAACUCUUCUCGGUGAUCCGUGGAGAAAGAACCGCAGAGGACACCCUCUGGUCCUGGGCGGCUGAAAAUGACCGCGGCGAGCGAAGGGUGGCCGACACUACGACCGCGAGGACUAUGACGACGACGACGCCGUGUAGGUGGAAUUACGACUGCAGUGACUCGGCGGAGCAAUACACACGCUUCUCUUCCAUCACUGCGUUCACACCACAGCAGCCGACGACGCAGAAAAAGCAGCUGCUGCAGGAGAGCCGACUGCCGUGCUCCCCGGCCACGUGCGACCUCGCGUCACUUACCCACCCCGCAACGGCGACCACAACGCCACCAGAGAUGGCGAAGACGUGCGCAACGAUACUCAACAGCAAUGCCGAGCCAUUCCUGCCGUCGCGCACAGGGGAAUCCACUGCGGAUUUUGCAUGA